AUGAGAAUCGCGUCCCUAGAAGAACAAGCCUCCAUUAUGACGUCACAUGGUCGCACCCUCCAAGAUUAUCUGCGCAUCGCUCACGAUGAGAUCGCGCGCCUCACGCGCGCUUCGGAGUCGAAAACGCCAUCGUCUUCUCGUAUGAAGUCGAUAAAGCUGGAUGUUGCCAAAUUCGGCGGAGCGGAGUCUGACAAACUCCUCCGCUGGCUUUUACAAGGCAGCACUGCUGCUGACGCUCAGCGUAUCCCCGACGACGCCACCCGCGUAGCUUUCGAGAUGUCGCAUUUCAAGGGUCGUGCGGAAGAUUGGGCGUUCUCCAUACGUUUGACGGGCCUACACUGCUUCCCGUCCUUCGCGGUCUUUGAGACCGAACUCAAGGCAAUGUUCCUGCCACCCAACAGCGACUUUCAGUCACUCCCGGAGCCCCUACGGGUGACCGUUUACAUGGACACUCUCAACCAAGGCCCGGCGCGCACAAAGCUAUUUCGCGCCUACCCGGACACCUUCGAAGAGGCCGUCCGAAUCGCGCUUUCGGAAUCUUUUUCCUCCUCCUUCGCGCACGCACGCGCGGCGUCCUCGGACAUGGAUGGCUCCAUGCUCACCCAGGCAUCGGACGACCGCACGUGUUUCAAUUGCGGUCGCCCAGGACACUUCUCCCGCGCAUGCCCGGCACCUCGCCGUGUGGCGUCAGCUGCUCCUCCCUCACAUGGUUCCCCCCGUGCCGCUCCUGAUACCUCUUCGCAUCGCCCUCCGAGCGGUCCACCUAACCGUUUUAAUCGUGAACGCAAUGACGGCUCACAUCCGCCUUUCCGCCCCGCUCCGAGCUAG